GGAAGCCCUCCAAAUUACUGCGUUGCAAAUCAGCAGUGGCCUUGUGCUCCUGGUAAAAGCUACUUCGGUCGAGGUCCUAUCCAAAUAUCCUACAACUACAAUUAUGGACCAGCAGGGAGAGCAAUAGGAAGGGAUUUGUUAAACAACCCAGAUUUAGUAGCCAAUGAUCCAGUAGUGUCAUUCAAAACAGCCUUAUGGUUCUGGAUGACACCCCAACAACCAAAGCCAUCAGCCCACGAUGUCAUAACUGGAAGAUGGACUCCAUCCGCAGCUGAUUUGGCCGCGCGCCGCGUCCCCGGCUUUGGUGUAAUCACCAACAUCGUCAAUGGUGGAAUUGAAUGUAACAAAGGUUCAAAUGCACAGAUGCAGAGCAGAAUUGGGUUCUACAGAAGAUACUGUCAGAUUUUGGGAGUUGACCCAGGCAACAACUUGGACUGUGCUAGCCAAAGGCCUUUUGGCCAGUAGGGACCUUAAUCAUUUAUAGUACUUUUGUGUAGCACUUGACACACUAAUAAGGUUUGGUCCAUCUAAAAAUAAUAUGAUCUUCUCUUGCUUAA